CUUCAUAGCCUCUUGUUCAACUUAUGUUUACAUACAGCUGCCACUGGUGACGAAAAUGAAAGCGAACACCAGAGCAAAUCCCUUAUGAACUUUCUCCAGCAUUUCAAUCAGAAUCGCCAUCACGUUACCAAUCCUGAAGGAAAAGAGAAAGCACGUGACUUUAUCAAGAAAACGUUUCAAGAUCUAGGACUUACCACGUGGUCAGAGGCGUUUACUGAAACAGGCUUUUUUAAUCCGCAGGUGAAUAUUAAUUUUCUGAUCGUAGAUGGUAAUAAAUACGUAGAUAUUGCAAUGCAUCUUUUUGUACUAUAACCCAUUACAACGUUUUCUUUUUUCUACUUAACACUCAGGGCCGGGUUGUUCGAAGCUGGGUUAAGAUAACCCAGGGUUGGUGCGAAAUUUGAACUCGGAUAUGAGAGCUUAAAAGGCAAAUUCAGUUUAAUUGACUUUGCCUACAAUUUGAUGAUUGGAUACUUUAAAACCGUAGAGAAACUUAUCCGAGCGAGUGCUUUUGAUAAAAAGAAAAAGUAACCCGGGUUAAAAUUUAACCCCGGGUUAGCGCUAAACGGCGUUCGAACAACAGGGCCCAGUUCUUUAUUCAAAUUAAAGGCCCUCCAAACGCCCUUUUGGGCUGUUAGCUUGGUUAAGAAAUAUUUUGAGGAACAAGCCGCUACAACCUAUGAAUAGAACCAGGAGCUGAUUGCUAGCAGAACAUUAGAAAAUUGACGUUGAUACACCUAUUUCAUUUGAUAUUUGCGGCUCCUAAUCUCAGUUUGCUACAAAACAAACUCGUUGACAAGAGAUAUCUAUUCUGUCUCAUUCAAUCUUGCAUUCAUCCAUUCACUGAUUUAUUUGUGAUUAAGUAAGGUGGUAAUGGCUGUAAAGUUGUUCAGAUAACGCGUUUGUAUUCAUUUUCCGCCAAGCGGAAAAUGAAUAUAAUCAUGUAUUGAUUAAUUAUCUUUUUAACCAGUAUGCUACAGGAGUCAACAUAAUCGGGAUGCUCCCUGGCACCCUUGCGGGCUCGCCUAAUGACAGGCCGUUUCUGAUUGGUUCUCACUACGACACGGUGCGUACUACGUCACACGGUGCAAACGACAAUGGCUCAGGCGUGGCCGCCAUGUUACAGGUUGCAAAAAAUUUUGCCACAAGUAGGUGAACUAUCUCUUGUUUUAUUUUUCAAAAUUAGUCAAAUAAUUCAUCCCCUCUUGAUUGCUUUAUCUCUUCUCUCGUGUGUCACCUUUUGUUUCGUGUGUUGGCGAUUUUCACGCACGCUCUCGUAUUUCCAUUGAUCUAGGCCUAUCCCUGACGAAAAUAAUAUCCGCGGUUUCCUGGGCAUACAUAAAACCCUAAAGCGGGCCUCUUCUAUCUAUUUUAAAACUUACUGUGCAACUUCUUAUUUAACUUUUUCAGAGAUUUCAAACACUGUGCACGUAGCUUCAGCGUUCUGUUCGUGGCGUUUGAUUUCGAGGAGUGGGAAGAUUGUGACGAUACGAGGAGCAACCCUAAUUGCGCUUGUGGCAAGAUAGACUGUGGAAGCAGAGCUUUUGUCGCAAACCUCACGCGUUUUUACAACGGGUCUUUAAAGUCAAACGGAAAGCUUCAGGGAGCGAUUAUUAUGGAUACUGUAAUGAACUACAACAACACUCCAAACUCGCAGUCCCUGCCACAUUUAACACAACAAUAUUUUCCCGAGGUUUAUGGUCAAAUUGAGGCUGAUGGAUUUCGUGGGAAUUUCGUUUCCGUUGUUGGGCGUGAAGUUGAUGAUGCUGUUUUAAUGGAUACGUUCUGGUACUAUUACAGUACAGUAAAAUCUGGUAAAUAAUCAGUAUUAAUCCGGAAUUUUGCUUGCAUUUUGCCCAAAGCAUGACUGAUCCAUGUAAAUGGCGAUUUUAAAUUAUAACCCUCCGAUUUAUUUAAUUCAGUUUCAACUUGUUCUCAUGAGAGCUUGGACCCGUUUGUUCUUCUAUCCUUUUUUUCUGUAGCUUCCUCAGCGCCCGCCAUCCACAGACCAGCUCCACAGUGACAUAGCUACACAAAGUCCACCUGAGUACAACGCAGUUCACUUAUGCAUAUCCUUUAACUGCUCUGGUGUUUCUUUUCAGAUUUUGUGUUUCAUAGUUUUUAUUUCUUUUCUAUCCCUCGUAGUGACCGUUAGUGACGUGAUUGGAUUCUCUUUUCCGUAUCCAGUGGAAACAUUUUUUUAGUAGUUUUCAGUGUAGUUGCCUGGUAAAAUAUAAAGCGCUCUUUUUUCGAGUUUUGACUUAUGGAGAGUUAUUAGAGUUCAUUUGAAAUGACAGCCUGUCAAGCUCUAGUCCAAUCACAGUUUCAAUAAAAUAACUAUCAACAACUGAAAUGUACUUGUUUGCGUUAUUCGCACAGGCGCUCACCACUCGUUUUCCUACUUCCAACAUAUUUAAAACUAAUCGGAGGGUUAUAAAAUAUAUAAACCUCAUUCUGGCGUGCUGGAAUAUCGGUGGAUAGUACCUUUGGCCGAGAGAUAAGUUGUCCACAAAAUAUCACAUAUUUACUCAGCCGCGGGCAUUAUCCUUCGAUAUAGCAGCCACAGGAAGGGUAUAUUUACUGACUGGGCCGGCCCAGUAUAUCAUAUUAUUCCAUUCAACAAAAAUUCCGGUAUGAAAUUUCGUAAAUUUCAGGUGCCCAAUGGAACGGUUAUCCGGUUGUACAGACCCAAUCCACUGCGCGUUUGGUUAUUGCAGUUCUUAUAAGCAGUAUGUAUAAGGGCGUUUCUGGGGAAACAAUUUUUUUAAAUGGAAAGGGAUAUAUCUGUCCGAGCAACCGAAAUGAGCGGACUGUUCAAAGUGGACCACCUUCAAAAUUAAAGGUGGUUCAGAAUAUUCCGGUCGGACCGAACCGAAAUGAUCCGUUUCAUUUGAUUUACUAAAAUAACUUGCAAUGCUUUAUUCAUUUACCCUCGUGUAGCUCUGGAAAGUAAAACUAAGAUGUAUCCAGUAAAUCUUCCAUUCCGUGGCCAGCCUGACGAGCUUCCACCCCUUCGGUAUAAUGCUUUUAGAGACUUUUUGAGAAGCGACCACGUGUCAUUCUGGAACAACCAUCCGUCUAUGAGCGCGAUCUUCCUGAGUGACACCGCUGACCUCCGAAGCUACAUGGUCUCUUGUUACCACAAAGACUGUGACAAUAUCAAUAGGGUGACAAGUGAAAUGCUCCAGUUCUUACAGAAGACAUCUGACUCAAUAUUGGCCGUGGCCAAUGAUGUUACCAAGGUUUCAUGUCCAGCCGUUGAACAGCAGAAAGGAACAACAAACCCGCAGACCGCAGGUAGAUAUAUCGAC